UCGAGCAAGAAGGUUGUUCAGUUUAUAUACAUAUGUCGUUAUUUAACAUGAGUGACGAAGAAGAUGUUCUUCUUGCCGAAGACAAAGAACAGGAUGACAUUAGAUCGGAACUUCGAGAAAUGAGUUUCGAGGACUUGCAGAAACUUAAAGAAAAAUUGGGAAUGAAAUUGUAUAAAGAAACGUUGUUCGGUCCACGAAAGGUUAAGAAGAUCGAUUUUAAGCGAGAAAAUAAGAACAGGCCGCGAGAAAUAUCUGCAAAGAAGCCCGUUACCCGCUUUAGAGAAGUUGUGCACGUGAAGAAGAAUAUUCCAAGGGAUCCUAGAUUUGAUAGUCUUUGUGGCACAUUUGAUCAAAAAGAAUUCAAGAAGAGUUAUGGAUUCCUCAGUAAAAUGAAAGAAAAUGAUCUAGAAGAAUUAAAGAAACAGUUACAGGUAACUGAGGACCCGAAAACGAUACAGAAAAUCAAGUACCUUAUACAACGAUUGGAAAAUCAAAUACGCGAAGAGAAGAAACGAAAGCGGCAACGGGAAAAGAAAAGUAACGAAAAGAAGGAGAUUAUCGAAGCAAUUAAGCGUGGGGAGAAGCCCGUCUUUAAAAAGAAAUCUGAGAAAAAAGUUUUGGACUUAGUUUCUCAAUAUGAGGAAUUGAAAAAUUCGGGUAGACUAAAGAAGCAUAUACAACGAUUGCGCAAGAAGAAUCUACAUAAGGAUAGACAGAAAUUCGCGUCGUCGGAAGUCGAGUAAAAGAACAACAACCACAGGUGUACGUGAAAUUAAAAUUUAUACGAAUUAAACAUGGCUGGAAUAAUUACAGGUGUACAUAAGCGUAAUAAAUAC